AUGGCCGCAGACUUCACAUCGCAAAGACUUACCCAACAACUUGUAAUUAUGCUCGGCCGCAUCCUCCUCACGCUUGAGGAUGUAAUGCUGCUCUUCGGCGCAUCAGCGGGUUGGAACGAGACACGCAUCCACAAUCCGCGCUGGCCUCCGCACGCCAGGCGAGACUCGCUCCGCAUCGCGGGCUUCCUUGAGUCAGUCUGGGCGGCCCACUGGGCGUCGCUGCUGUAUCCUCGGACCUCCGGGCUGGAUUUCGAGUUCGGCGGGCUGGGUUUUCCGCAGAAAUACCUCUUCACGGCGGCCAUCGGGCUCGCCGUGACGGGUCGUAUCUCGAAACGUGAUUCUGAAUGCGUGGGCGUCGACACAGGCGCAGGAGUCUUAUGCCGCGGUCCUGGUGGCACUCAACGAGAAGGGGACAGAGAGCGUAGAGGGACCGGAGCCCUUUCGAGACUAGAAACAGGGGGCUGCUUCGUCAGAUUCCAGGCAACGUAA